GGCACGCCUUGUGCCUUGCACAUGUUCCCAAUCCAUUGGGACAGAUUAACACGGCCCAGCGCUGCCCUGGGUCCGGCGGUGUCGGAGUGCGCAGGAAAAUCUGAGUCACGGCCACGGGCGCCGUGGGGCUGGUGGCACAAAGCUGUGCUGCAGGGACGCUUCAGGGACUCAGGGCCAUGGCAGAGCCGGAGGAGGAUGAGGAGGACAAUGCGGCAGCUUUGGAGCAGCUAAUGGUGCAGGCAGGCCGGGCACUGCAGUGGCAGGAGCUGGAGGAGCAGUUCUGUGUGCUGGGCGAGCUGGGCAGCGGAACCUAUGGCCAUGUGGUGCUCACUGAGCCCCGGGAUGGUGGCUCGCCAGUGGUCCUCAAGCUGAUGCUGAAGGAACGGACAGAACGAAGGGCUUUCCUGCGAGAGUAUUGCAUAGCACGGUGCCUUUCUGGUCACGCUGCCUGCAUCCAUGCCCUCCCCCUUGCCUUUGAGAACUCCACGCAUUUUGCCUUUGGGCAGGAGCUGGCUCCCGCUGGGGACUUGUGCAACCUGCUCACACCAGGGGAGGGCCUGCCUGAGGUGCUGGUAAAGCGCUGUGCCUCUCAGCUGGCCGAGGCACUGGAUUUCAUGCACAGCCGGGCCCUGGUGCACCGGGAUGUCAAGCUGGACAACGUGCUGCUCUUCGACCACGAGUGCCACCGUGUGAAGCUGGCUGACUUUGGGCUCACCCGCCUGCAGGGUUCGGAAAUUGGUGCCAUGUCUGGCGCGCUGCCCUACGCUCCACCGGAGCUCUGCUUGCUGCAGGGCUCUGACACACUGGAGCUGGACUCCAGCCUGGAUGUUUGGGCUUUCGCUGUGCUGCUCUUCUGCCUCUGCACUGGCUGCUUCCCUUGGGCUGUAGCUGCCAGCCCUGACCCCCAGUUUGAAGCCUUCAGCGCUUGGCAGGGUGACACGGUGGGACGGGAGGCACCAAAGUCUUGGGGUGGCUUUGAGUGUGGGGCACAGGAGAUGCUGCAGCGCCUGCUGCGGCUCGACCCUGACCGCCGCAGCCCAGCCAUCGAGGUGCACAAGUACCUGGCCGUGCCCUGGCUGACAGCACCCAGCAGCAGGGAUAGGACCGAUGGCGCUGAUGGGCCGGGGGCGGUGGAUGGUGAUGGACGUGGAGGGGGGGAUGGUGAUUCACACGGAGUGGUGGAUGGUGGCCCUCAGUCACCCCUUGCUAGGGGUUCAGGGGAUGAUGGGGAGUGCGGUGACAGCAGUUAUGGGGAGGGGAACAGCGUGCCCACAACACCCGCCAGCGCCAUGGCCCUGUGCCACUAGCUGGCAUUUCCAACAUGGCAUGGAGGUGUCCUUGGGGUGUGGGUCUUCUUCUUCUUCUUGGAAUGCAGCACAGAAUGGAAGUGGAGCUGGAUCCAAAUGCACGUGGAGAAGAUCCAAAGGAGGCUAUAAGGAUGCCCGGAGGGCUGGAGCAUCUCUUCUAAGGAAAGAGGCUGAGAGAAUUGGGCUUGUUCAGUCUGGAGAAGACUCCAGGGAGAUCUCAUUGCAACCUUCCAGUACUUCAAGGGAGCUUAUAAACAGGAGAGGGAAUGACUUUUUGCACAGUCUGAUUGUGAUAGGACAAGGGAGAAUGAUAUUUAACUAAAGAGGGAAGAUUUAAGUUAGAAGUUAGGAGGAAUUUCUUUGCUCAGAGGGUGGUGAGGUGUUGGAACAGGUUACACUCAGAAGCUGCAGUUACUCUAUCCCUAGAGGUGCUCAAGGUCUGUUGGAUGGAUUCCUGGGCAACCUGGGUGGCAACCAGCUUGUGGCAGGGAGUUGGAAGUAGAUGGGCUUUAAGGUCCCUUCCUAGCCAAGCCAUUCUAUGAUUCUGUGUUUCUUGUGGGCUGGGAUGGAAGCCUUGGACUCCACUUGGUCCCCUGGGUGAGAACAUCAGGGGCAGGAAGCCAAACCAAGAGCAUGCUGUGGCAGGGGGAGGAGAAGAAACACCUCAGGCUGUAUUUGGAAGAGGUCAGGGACCCCAACCCCACACUUUGCACCCUAUUAACACAUACAAUGGCAAAGCACCCGAGCAACAAAUGAGCAAGAGAAAGCCAAGUAAAGAGCAGCCAACAGGACACAGAGAAAUGGGAGGAGAGCAGUCAGUCCAAAUUGUUAAGGCUGGUGCAACAGCUUGGUGGAGGUGGGUGGUAAAACUGCUCAUCAGUUCUGCAGGGGAACCCAGAAAUGGAUCUGACAUUCACUCCUUUCAUACGUGUGUGAGGAGGAUGUCAGCCUGCUGUGAUUAGUUAAGAUGCCAAAGGAUUUCCUUGGGAUUAAUGAGGUGAGGAGACAAAUGUAAGCACUCCAGGCACACAGAUAGGUUGGGAAGAGCUGUGGGGCAAAUUCCUAGUGCUUGAGGGAGAGAUCAACCUGGAAUACAGCUCCCUCUGAACAAUUCAUGGCUCUGCCAAAGGUGGAAAAUUUGCACUGAGAGGAUGGGAUGUGGAUAUACAAAAGAGACAGAGGGAGAGCAUGUUGGAUUGGCUCUGCAUGUGAAAGAUGCUGGCAUGUGAAUGGACUUCAGGGUCCUGAAGGGAUUAAGAUGUUCUUAGCCCUCCUUUACCAGGGAAUACAGUGAUGGGACAAGGGGUAAUGGCUUUGAAUGGAAAGAGGUGAGAUUUAGGUUAGAUAUUAAGAAGAAAGUUUUUGGGAUGAGGGUGAUGAGGCACUGGAACAGGUUGUCCAGAGGAAUUGUAGAUGCACCUUCCAUGGCAUUUCUCAAGGCCAGUAUGGAUAAGGCUUUGGGAAAUCUAGUGGGAGGUGUCCAUGCCCAUGAAUGGGCUUAGAACUGGAUGGUCUUUAAGGUCUCUUCCAACCCAAACCUUUCCAUCAUCUCUGUGAUUCUAUGGCUAGAAUUCCAUGACUAAGCUUUAUGAUCUCAGGCUAAGCAAGAACACUGUUGCACAGUGGAAGGGGAGCUGGAAAUCAGCUGAAAUGCUGAAGCUUAAUAAAACUCUCUGUGUUUCGCCUUUUUUUAUAA